AAACAUCAUUUUGAACACGGCUAACCUCACCAACAGUUUUAACCUCAGAGGAAGAUGAAGCUGUCUUUCAUCUUUGAAUUGCUGCUCAUAUUCGUUCUAGUGGCAUUUGCUGCUUCUGCUGUUAUAGAUUCCAAAUUAAAAACGACCAGGAAACAUGCAGUCAAGAAAUUUGGUAAAAAAGUUUCUCAACACAGACAGAACCAAAAUCAGACGAACAGAUUCUGUACCUGCGCCACACAAAUGUGCAAUUGCUGCAGAGACUUCAACCUACCAUUGCUGAAUCUGAAAGGUCCUGGGUGUGCCUCGCUUCAAUAUCUACAAGGCGAUCAACUUGCUAUAUCCAUGAGCUUCAACGAGAGAGUACUUACGAACACUACAAUCAAAGGACGGAAGCCGCAGCCCGUAUGCAUGCCUCUCCCUGGAGGUGUCUCCAAAUUCUGUGGUCGCAUUUACAACAUUGGUCGCCAGGAAGACGAGUUCAACGCAUGUCUCGGCAUGGAACUCAGAGCUCUCAGCGAAAUAGAAGCAGCGAUUCGUGUAGCCUGCUUCAGAUUCGGUCCCAAAGGACUGCGGCUCGAGCCUCCGCAACCUCUUCCACCCGUAGAAGACGAAGACGACGAUGAUGACGAUGAUGAUGACGACGACGACGACGAUGAUGAUGACGAUGAUGAGGACGAGUUCGAUUUUGAUGGGGACGACGACGAUGAGGACGACGAUGACGACAACGAGGUGGAGUCUGUAGACUAUGGAGUGUUUGAUGACGAUUUCAUUGGAGGAUACUUUCAAGGUGAAGAUUCAGAAUCAACAACUAGUAACAAGAAAAAAGUCACUUCUACAACAACAACUAAAGCUCCUUUGAGGCGCCUGACGAGAAAACCGGUGUACAAGCCUGUGCAGAAAAAACCCUUCAUAAAAAGGAAAGGUACUCCGCAGCCGGUGAAAAGUACAACCGUGAAACAUAUCAUUCGUAGAAAGAGACCGACUGCCACUUCUAGUACUACCACUACCACAACAACUACUACAGAAUAUGCCCCCGUUGCUCAGAAUGAGAUUCCCUCCAACACCCAACAAGUAAAUAACACAGAUGUAACUAAAAACAUCACUCUGCAGCAAGUGGCAACUGCUGAAACUGAAACAACCGAGAAGUUGUUGAUUUCAUCCUCUUUUGAGGCGCAAACAACUCCAGCACCGACAACUACCAAUAAAGUCGCGACAGAUCCAAAAACCGUCGCCCCCGUGAAACAAGAAGUCGCUACGACAUUACCAGACAAAAAUGAGAUGACGGAAACAACUACCUUUUCUGAAGUCAAGACCGAAACACCAACAACUCCAAGAGCGGACGAUGAUUCGGAAGAGAGCGAUCCGAUUGUUGACGUCGUUGAAGAAGUUAUAGAAGAUGAACUUUCAGAAUCUGAUGAGAAAUCGACAGUCACAAUAAGCUCUGCACCAACAACUACUGUAUCGACAGAAGAAUCUAAAGAAGUUUUCGAUGAUAUAGUUGACGGCGUAGUUGAUACUUUCGCGGGGGAGGAUUCCGAUGAGAACGUUAAGAGCGAUAAAGUAAAUGAUAAAAAGGAUGACGAUGAUGAUGAUGAUGACGACGACGACGACGAUGAUGACGAAGACGAUGACGACAGUGAUGAAAGUAGGAAACUGAAGAAAAGGAAAUUCAAAGGUCGGCGGCAGAGUAGAGAUAUGUGGUUAGCCAGAUUAGGGUGGUGAUGAGAUUCGUAAAUGUUCAAACGUGCAGCUUGGGAUUCAUCAGUAGUUGCUUAUCCCUACCGAUAGUUGGGAAAAUGUAUAGUAAAUACGGACUAAAAAUCCAAUAAGUUGGCGAUACUUGAAGUAGAAUAGUAUUUAUUAUUAUUUAUUGUUAUUUAUUUUAUUUAUGCGAUUUUCUUUAUAAGAACAUACCAAUG